AUGACUUCAUCCACAUCUACAGCUACGCCGAUGAAGCAUGCCUUCACGCGUCAAGUUGAGGAGGUCAAGGCCCCUAAGAGUGACAUUAAUGCUCUCAUUCUUGACUAUUUGACCCUGGCGGGCUAUCCCAACGCUGCCAAGAAGUUCUCAACUGAAGCAAAUCUGCCUCCCCAGCAGUCGCAUGAUUCUAUCGAGGCCAGACAGCAGAUCCAGACUGCUAUACAUAGAGGUGACAUAGCGCAAGCUAUCAGUGACCUCAAUGACUUGGACCCAGAGAUACUAGAUGCGGACACCGCUCUUCAUUUCGCACUGCUACGUCUUCAGCUUGUCGAACUGAUUAGGCAGUGCAACGCCACGCCCGGUCGAGACAUCAACCCGGCGUUGGAGUUUGCAACGACACAGCUCGGCCCCAGAGCUCCAACCAACCCCCAAUUUCUUGAGGAUCUAGAGAAGACGAUGGCCCUUGUGGUCUUUUCCCAUGACUCGCUGGAUCCUUCCCUGGCAGCCCUGCUGCAGCCUGAUCUUCGUCGCCAGGUCGCUGACAUGGUCAAUAAGGCCAUACUGGAGCGAGAAACGAACCGAAGAGAGACGGCUAUCCGACAUCUUGUGCAAAUGCGUGCUUGGAGUGAAGAAACUGUUCGUAAAGACACCAAGAAAGACCUGCCAGCCCGUAUCGACCUGGGUUUGAACGGCGAUGACCAGAAUGGCUUCCACGAGAAUGGCCAAGAUACUGUUAUGACAUGA